UCAUUAUUAUCAGACAUUUUGCCUCCCCUUUUUCUGUUCUGCUCUACCCUCUCCCCCAGGCUUUUAUUUCAUUUUUUAAAUGAAAACAUUGAUUUACCUUGAAUCCAACUGCACAUCUUUUUAUUUUUUAGUAUUAUAAAUAGCCCAUUUUUUUCCUUGGCACUGCUUGGAAUGUGUUUUAAAAAUACCACCUAAAGUCGCAGUUUGGGAGAAAGGUUUCUGGACGAGGAGAAUAGCUGGCGAGCACGGAAUGGGCUAAUAUUAGAAACCUGUACCAGCAGCAGGCCAGACUCAAAUAUCAGCUAUGGCAACCCGUGCAUGAAGCUGAUGCCUUUGAACCAUUUCGUAUAGAUGAGACAUAGCACGUGCUGUGCUGUCUUCCACGGGGACAGAGGUGAAACUUCGCCAGGCUGCAUUUGUUGAGCAGUGUUCCCCAGAUUUGCAGCUCUCCCUGGGAAGACUUCAGAACAAUUGCAAGUGUGUCACCUGGACAAAAUGUAAAACUCCGCUGUCAGACUAUCCUAUCCCUGGUAUUUAUGAGCCGCCAUUUCCUGUAUUAUUGUGGUGAACCUGCUCUGGAUGUGAAGAUUGCCUUUUGUCAGGUGUGUGUUCCUUACAGGUAAAACAAGGGAUUUGGGAAACAAGUGGAUGUGUCAUAUAUUGCCAAACAUUACAACAUGAGCAAAAGCAAAGUUGACAACCAGUUUUACAGCGUGGAAGUAGGUGACUCGACCUUCACAGUUCUCAAACGCUACCAGAACUUGAAACCUAUUGGCUCUGGGGCUCAGGGAAUAGUUUGUGCUGCAUAUGAUGCCGUCCUUGACAGAAAUGUGGCCAUUAAGAAGCUCAGCAGACCAUUUCAGAACCAAACUCAUGCCAAGCGAGCUUACAGGGAGCUGGUCCUCAUGAAGUGUGUGAAUCAUAAAAAUAUUAUCAGUUUAUUAAAUGUCUUCACACCACAGAAAUCUCUGGAGGAGUUCCAGGAUGUUUACUUGGUAAUGGAGUUAAUGGAUGCCAAUCUGUGCCAGGUCAUUCAGAUGGAGUUAGACCAUGAGCGAAUGUCUUAUCUACUGUACCAAAUGCUCUGUGGUAUCAAGCAUCUUCACUCUGCAGGAAUUAUUCACAGGGAUUUAAAACCAAGUAAUAUUGUGGUAAAAUCUGACUGCACGUUGAAGAUUUUGGAUUUUGGACUGGCCAGGACUGCGGGCACUAGCUUCAUGAUGACUCCAUAUGUGGUGACACGUUACUACAGAGCACCAGAGGUCAUCUUGGGAAUGGGCUACAAGGAGAACGUGGAUAUAUGGUCUGUGGGAUGCAUUAUGGGAGAAAUGGUUCGCCACAAAAUCCUCUUUCCAGGAAGGGACUAUAUUGAUCAGUGGAAUAAAGUUAUUGAACAGCUGGGAACACCCUGUCCAGAAUUCAUGAAGAAGCUGCAGCCAACGGUACGGAACUACGUUGAGAACAGACCCAAGUAUGCUGGCCUCACUUUCCCCAAACUUUUUCCAGACUCUCUCUUCCCAGCUGACUCGGAACACAACAAACUCAAAGCCAGCCAAGCCAGGGACCUUUUAUCAAAGAUGCUAGUCAUUGACCCAGCCAAGCGAAUAUCAGUAGAUGAAGCCUUACAGCAUCCAUACAUUAAUGUCUGGUACGACCCAGCAGAAGUGGAGGCGCCUCCUCCUCAGAUAUAUGAUAAACAGCUGGAUGAAAGGGAACAUACAAUCGAGGAAUGGAAAGAACUCAUCUACAAAGAAGUAAUGAAUUCUGAAGAAAAGACUAAAAAUGGCGUAGUAAAAGGACAGCCUUCUCCUUCAGGUGCAGCAGUGAACAGCAGUGAAAGCCUCCCUCCAUCCUCAUCUGUCAAUGACAUCUCAUCCAUGUCCACGGAUCAAACACUGGCGUCUGACACGGACAGCAGCCUGGAAGCUUCUGCGGGACCCCUCGGGUGUUGCAGGUGACUAGCCGCCUGCCUGCGAAACCCAGCGUUCUUCAGAGGGUGAUGUAAUUAAGGAGUAAAAAUUAACAGGAGUUAAGAGAUGAAAAGGAAGAGAAACAAAAAUACAAAGGGUUAAACAAAACAAACAAACAAACAAAAAAUAUCUUUUCAGCCUGCUUCUCCUACAGAGUUAUGUAAUGCAGCUAAGCUCAAGUGUAUAUUUAACUUAUAGUUGCUCUGCUUUGGUCUUUUUCCAAUGAUGCUUACUGGAGGGAAAAAAAAGGAAGUGAAAAAUCCUUUUUUUUAACCCCUCCCUAUAAGAUGUAAAAUUAAUGGCUGCAAAACCAGCAACCUGCAACUGUCCUUUCCACACUGGCAUGACAAGGUGUGCAGUAGCCACUCUCAAGCAUACAAUUGUGUGUCCGCCCUCACCCUCUGUUCUGUCACCCUCUGCCCAGUGAAGCAGAUGGUAGAGAUAUACACGCAUUUUUCUUCAUAUACAAACAGCACAGACACAGACGUGCCGAUAGAAUUCUGGCAGCGUAGGCAGCUGUGUGCCUGUAGGAACAUGCACAUCUAUGCAGUGUGUACUUAGUGUGCACUCCACCAACCAAUGGCCCAUUUCAGGUGAACUGCAUAACUACAUACGUGACAGUACUAGUAUAUAUUCCACCUGUUUGUUCACUGAUGAAGCUGCAUAUCUUGUAUGAGGAUUUGUGGAAGUGUAAAUAACCACGUCAGACUGUGGCUCCCUCAGAGACUUGAAGAUGUAGCACCAACAUUUCUGCUGAGUUGUAUAUAUAUUUUGAAACAAUAACCAAUUUGUAUUGAAAGAAAGUCCACAGAGCUUCAAAGAAAAAUGUUUGUUUGUGAAUGUUAAGACUUGUUCUGAUUUUUAGAGCAGACAUGCCAAACUAUGACCAGGUUAGAAGGAAGUACGUAUAUAUUUGCAAGCUACAGGGAACAAGUAUGAAGGCUUUUUUAUGCAUGUCUAAGCCCAGAAAGCUUUAUCUCAGUAAGCAACUUUUCCUGUCAAUGUUAAGUUAGUUAUCAUCUUAAUUCAUAGACAGGCUCACUAUUAUGAAUGACACGUAUGCUCGUGUGGUGGGGAGUACGAAAGGGCUGGGGAAUGGGCAGAUUAUGGUCAAAAGGACAUGCAACAUCUUGUUUUUAUUUUAUGUCUAGAUCUUUAUUAGGCUAAAUAGAGAAAGGAUAUUUGUGGCCCACUCCCUCUCAGUGUGUUUGUAGUUAGAGGUCGUUUGCCCGUUAAAUCAUUCCCUUGCAGAGUUCUCCAAAAGAGACUUUCACCAGGUGCUUUUGGCUGUUCAUUUGCUUGAGACAAAUCAUCUGGCUCCCCAAGAAGUUUAAUCAGCUAUGUUAGGUGGAAAAGAACCACAGAGUGGUCUGGUACGCCCGUAUUCUAAGGAAUAGCAGAGGACAGCAGUCAGCUGGUGCACUGAGCUGAGAGGGGCUCAGGUGGGGAUCUCCAUCAGGUGUCAUCCUGACAAGUUCUGAAGAACCCAACAGCAGCUGAAUAUCAAAUUGAUUUUACCAGGUAAUAACACUUAGGAUUCCCAGUUGUGAGUGUUUUUGCCAGAGAAUGGCAAAACUUCACACAGAAUUUCGGAACAACUGAGUAUUUUUCCAGCCAAAAUAGCCACUGCCGUUUUCCACUGUGAGGUCUUCGUUACCUGAGUUUGAAACGAACUAAAAUCUGAGUCAUCUCUCCUCUUACCAAAGUGUGCCAUGUAAACUGAAAUGAGCUAAAUCAUACUCUAAUGCUUUUCCAAAUGCCAGAGAGAGAAAGUGUUGAGAAUAUAUUACUGGAUAUCUUAAAUUCACUAAUUCUUAUGUAUUCAAAAUUCUACCAAAACAGGACUGUUCCAUUACGUGGCUUACAAGCCUGCCAUUCUGUGGUAGGAAAAAAAAUUGAGUAUCAAGUCAGAUUGUGUUCACAGGGAAGAAAGCAAAGAAAAAAAUUUCUCUCCAGGGUGGGAGGAGGGGAGAUAACAAUUAAGUGGAUAUAAACUAAUUUCAGACUUGGUAGGUCUUAGCUGUCUUAUAACUGUUGUAGGAAUUAUUUUUUCCCCAGGUAUAUUUUUGGGAGAUUUUUACGGAAUUUUUUUUGAGAAUAAAAUUAGGUUGAUGAUAUUCUAAAAACAAAGAGCAGUAAUUGUAGAAGCAAUAAUUUACGACUGCUAAAAAUAUUUAGCAAUAUUCUCUUUUAAGCCAUGAAACAUCCCAUCAUUGUUGAGUGAUGCAACUCACUUCAAAGCCAAUGAUCAUGAAAGUAUUGAAAGGCAAAACAGCAAUGCUCUGUAGGUACGAAGGCAAUAACACCAAGGGUGACUUCUUAGCAAUAAUGAAAUGUAUCACCUCCAGAUGUAAUUCACCAUAGAGAUAUUUUAAUAAUAUUCAGGUAACUAGUAUCUGCUUUACAUUCCGUAGUGUGCACCGUUUGGGUGUGUUAUUUAAACAAAACAAAAAAAAAUAGUGUCUUAAAGAGGCAAAGCUGUAUGUAAGAGAAACUGCAAAAAAUACCACAAAUGUAGAACCAUAGAAACUAGGAAUAAUCACAAUUCAUUGCCAGUGAUAUUACGGAAAUGUGGCACUGGCAAUCACAGAGAAGUCAUUUAUAGUAGACAGACACUUAACCGGUCUCCCAUGUUUCAUCCAUUGAAGCCAAAAAACGUGCUCUUAGUCUCAUUGUGUAAUUCAGUCUUGUCUGGGUUCGUAAACACUGGGUAGAGAACAAGCCACCACAGAAGAUGGCCUAGUGACCGGCACUGAAUGAACCCACAAGAUGUGAGUUAUAUAGCUUUAUUCCCAGAAGCCCUGAUUCUACUAAGCACCAGUGCUUGCACCAACAUGGAAUGGAGUCUCCAGGGAGGGUACGUAAUCCUUACUAGAGCCUGCUUUUGUCCUUUGCUUAGCACUGAGUGACAUCAGCACCUGCUGAAGUGCCUUGCUGAGAUGGGGCCUACAAGAAUUACUGCAUCUCUUUUUGUCCUCAAAUUAGUCGGUCUCCUAUAUGUGAAGCUCUGUCUGGGGGAGGAGAUUUGGGGCUGUCCAGAAAAAAGCCAUCAACGAAGAAGAGCAAUAGUUUGUUACGAUUCUGGUCCUUGUAUGUCCAAACUGAAGCAGCAACCAUGGAAUGGGAAUAGCAUCCUUUUGUGUGGCGUCAGGAAGCUGGUGCUGCCAGCUGAUAACUUAGAAGAACGCACCUACUCUUGAAUGCAGUGAUGACAUUCUGUAGCUGGUAAGGUAAACAACAUUUUUCUUUCAAAUUCUAGAAGCUUCGAUACCCUUCUCUUCAAAUCUGUUCCCCUUCAUUCCAACAUUCUCUUCAGUUUGAUAAUGACAGAUGCUUUUCUUAUUUUUCUUGCCAGUGGUCCUUUAAAUCUACCUCUGUUUAAAAUGCUACUAAACAGCACUUGAGUAACCAUGUCCACCUCAUUCUCCAAGGUCUGCAGUCGCGAGCGUAACUGCCACCACUGCAGAGAUGUUCCAUGGUAUUUCGGCACUAAAGGAGCCACCAGAGAGCCUAUGCACACCUUCCAUGAGCAUGAAUGGCACCUGGACACACUGGUAUUUUUGAAAAUAGGCCUAAAUGCCGAUUGGUAUCUUAAGUGCCUGAAUACCUAAAGGAAUUCUGUCCCAAGUGGCUUUAUUUAAGUCACGUAGAUAGCCAUCAGCAGGGUGAGGAAAAUGGCAAAAGAAUCUUAAACUAUCAGUGGUUGCUUAGAGCAGUAGUUGCAAAAGAUAGCGUUGAGGAGGUAGAGAGGAUAGCUGCUGCAAAACAUUCCUGCUUUAUUUUCAGGUGGAGUACUUCUGGAUGGCAUGAGAAACUAAAAAAUAAUAAAAAAGAAAGUUAGAAUUGCUCUUAAGAGACCCUUCCUCCAUUUUCCUUCUCACUGAUGAGUUUAAAUGAGGAUGAGGUACUGAUUUACUGCAAGUUGAUGCAGGGCUAUGCAUGUUUUCAAUCAAAAAUUUUAUGUAAUCUUUGAAAUCAAUCUUCAGGUACUGACUUGGUAGCUGGAAUAGUAUCUUCUGUUAAAAUGUAAUAGAUCUUUAGAAAGUUCAGAUAUUUGAGUUGGUCACACACUGAUUUAUUUGAAUCGUACUGUUGUUGAUAACCCUCCCAUACUAUCUAGAAUUCCAUAGCACAGAUAGAUUCAGGAAUCUUAGCAAGCUUGCAUUAAAUAAAGUGGAGCCUAAAUUGAAAUGCAAGUAUAGUAAUGUGUUAAAAAAAAAAAAAAAGAAAGAAAAAGAAAAAGCUACAGAAAGCCAGAUCAGGUUUUCCUCUGGAAAUCCCCAGUUCCUGCACAAUACUGGCCUCCAGAGCUUACACAAGAGAUUACACUGUGCUGCUGCAUCCCUCUUCUGAACUUAUCUUCUAUUCUUAACCAACAACAGAUUCAUAUUUACGGUUUUAUCUUAAUGUAUAUUGCUUUAUCUUCAAGCUUUGGGAUAAUGAUACUGAAGAAACUAGACUUGUUGCAGCGCCUUUAGGAAGGUUUCCCCAGUAGUGCUACUUCACUGAUUUGGAUUGUAUUAUAACAUUUGUCAGGGAGCACCAGUGAUUUCUUUUCCACCAACAUAUUUUCUGAUGAAAAAUAUGCUAAUAGCCAAUUUUAGAACUGCCUGAGAGAGUCAAAUCUCCCAAAUUCUGACUAUCCUGAAAUCAUUGAAAAUGUAAUUGAAAUAUUUAAAUUCAAAAUAACCUUUAAUAGCCAAUGUUAGCUUAUUUCUAUUACAAGCUUUGCAGUAUUUCAAAGGAUCAAAAAUUAUUUUAGUUUCAGAUUUCUUCAUGCUUAUUGAGAUUUUAAAAUUUUGCACGAAUUCAAACAUGCAAAACCAACCAAACAAAAAAGGCAUUUUGCAACAAACUCUGUGUGUGCUUCCAGAGAGAGCAAUAGGAAUGAAAACCCAUGGGGAAGAAUUAGACUUUUUUUAAUAGCCUUGCAAGAAAAGUCUGAGUCAGUGGUUCACUUUAAACUUAGGCUUUUGUUUUUCUUUGCUUCUGUAUGUGCGUGUGGGAAAGAGAGGAGCUGCAUAUGGAUGUGAUUUUUUGAGCCUGUGUUCUAUUCGUCUUUGAUCCAAGUUCUCAGUGUGGAUAAAAAGCGUAAUUGUAACAUAAUCAUGCAUCUUCAAGAAUCUGACGGCUGUGCUUAUUUGAACUUCCACCACUUUACAAAGGACACGGUCAACUAAUUGCAAGAUCUUCACACACACAAAAAAGAAAAUCGUUGUGCAGUAGGUUUGAAUAUUCUGCAAAUACGUCAUGUCUUAAGUAGUAAGAUACUUGAGGGAGGUUGGGGAAUAGUGAAUGUGUCAUCUUCCCUGAUGAGCUGAAAAACAGACCGAGCCAGUGGAGUUUAGUGGAAUCUGCUUAGUGUAUUACAGACUUGCCAGUGUGGCCUGCUUUUUUUUUAUUUAUUUUUUUUAUUUUAUUUUCCUUUUUUUUUUUUGGUGUAAUUAACUACUGAUUGCAAGAGGUGAACUGUUUAACUUAAUUUUUGUUUGGGCUCAUUGACCCAUGGCAAGUUUGAGUUUUAAAGAGGGUUUGAUUCGACAAAAGAAUGUUGAAAAACUUCAACUGAGGCUAAUGGUGCCUUUUUACCUGAGAGCGAAAAGCUGAAAAGCACAUAUAAAGGAAGACACAGUCAAUUUGGGAAAUAAACGUAUCUCUACCAUACUUAUAAUUUCGAACAGGUAAGCCUGUCUCUUUUGCUAAUUUUCACUGAACAGGGCCAUCCUUGUCUUCUGAGAAGCAAGAUAUUUAUAAUGUAAAUAGUUGCACUGGGUUUUUUUUUCCUUUCUCUGUAAUUAAUAUGUAAUAAUCCAACACACUAUUUCUGUUAAAUCUUUUACAAUAAGGCCGCUGUAUGCCUAAAAAUGGUUGACCUCUGACCUUUUCCUAAGUCAGUCAUAUGCUGAAAAGGAGGGUGCUGUAGGUUUCAGUGUACAUAUAGAAUCAUGUAUAUUUAGUAAAUUGAGUAAGUGGGACUUAUGGUCAGUAUACAUUAAGCCGAGACAGUAACAAAGCUCCAGAUCUUAACUAGCAAAAACAACUGUUCACCUUGCCAUGUCCAUCCUGUACUAAGAUCUAAGUUGCACCUGCCUGUAGUUCUGCAUGAUCAGACUUCAAAGUAUAACUAACAAGAUCUGUAAUCUGUAAUGUAUCAUUGUUGAUAAAUGUAGAUGUAAAAAAAAAAAAAAUAAGAAAAAAAAAAGAAAAAAGAAAAAACUUGACCAACAAAAGAAAAUCAGCAACAGCAACAGUUCAGUAUCAAGACUGGAAGAUGAGACAUGUCUGAUUUUGUUAUGCACUUAUAGCUGAAAAGAACAACCAGUGUCAGUCAGCAUAAACGGACUGCAGUAGUGACAUUCGUUAAGGAACCAACUUUAUUUCCAUACUGUUUUGUUCUUACCCUGUUUUCCUUUGUCCAUCUGUUGUUCCCUGUGUAGUACAGGGGAGAACAGGGCCUCAGUCAUCAGUGUCUUACGGGUCAAUGUCGCAUCAAUGAUUUCUCAUUUCUGUUCGUUACCGAAUUAAGAUGGGAAUCUCCUGUUCUCCCCCAUGUCAAAAGGAGUCCUGUCAGAGCUUCCUCACGAGGAUACUUUUCUCACUGCUGUCUUGAUUCCUGUCGGUUGAAUGACUUUGCAGUGUUCCCAAUAAACAGCACAACGCAGCAAACGGCAUUGAUUGAGGGUUUCAUUACACGUGUGUUGUGCAUCUGUGCUCUCCCGGGGGCUCAAGGUCGUGCAGGGACAGGACUCAGCUGAAAUGCGGGAUGCGUGACGCCCGGAUCACACCUUUAUGAACUUACAGUGCUAAAACUGCUGAUCUUUACAGAUGUGGAUUUGGAUCAUCUCUUGUUUUUGGAGGAAAGCUGUGAUGACCCUGGGUCCUUAUCCCCCAGACCCCUUGGCUGCAAUCUGGAGCCGCCGAGGGGAAGCUCCAGCGGCGCGAGGGCAGAGAGGUGAAUUUCAUGCUGUUCGAAUGUCAUCUUGCCAAAAAGCCUGUAUGUCUCGCAGAGGAGACUGUGACUGUUCUCUAAGGAAUGUUUGUGUUGUUUACUUUAAAACAAGCUUUGCUAAUUAAAAUAGUGUAUUCCGAA